CCAAAACCUCUCCCAAAGUCAACUCUCCUCACCUCCGCUCUCAAUGCUCUCCCCAUUAUAACCACCCAAUCCUCCCCCUAUCUCCUACCCUUCUCUCCAUCCUCCCGCCAUGGGUAACUCCCUCGCCUGCUUCUGCUGCGCCGGCGGCGGCGCCGGACGCCGCCGCCACGUGGCCCCGGCCGCGCUCCCCUCCGACCCCGCCUACGACGAGGGGUUGGGCCACUCCUUCUGCUACGUCCGGCCAGAGAAGGUGGUUGUCCCGUUUUCAGCUGACGACCUGGUGGCCGACGCCAAGGCCGCGGCCGCGGCGGAGGAGGCCACCACAUUCCGGGCCAUCUCGGGGGCCGCGCUCAGCGCCAACGUGUCCACGCCGCUCUCCACCUCCGUGCUCCUGCUGCUGCCGGACGACUCCACCGCCUCGUCCGCCGCCGCAGCGUCGUCCGGGUUCGAGAGCUCGGAGUCGUUCGCCGCCGUGCCGCUGCAGCCGGUCCCAAGGUUCCCGUCCGGCCCGAUCUGCGCGCCCGCCGGAGGCGGAUUCCUCUCGGGGCCCAUAGAAAGGGGGUUCCUUUCCGGGCCCCUGGACGCCGCGCUCAUGUCUGGACCUCUCCCCGGCGCCACCACCUCCGGCCGCAUGGGAGGCGCCGUGCCUGCGCUCCGCCGGAGUCUCUCUCACGGCGGCCGCCGGCUGCGAAAUUUCACCCGCGCGCUUCUCGCACGCACAGAUAAGUUUCAGGAUUCUAUGGAUCUUGGCUCGCCGGACGCCGCGGCUGCCGUGGCCGCCUGUGGUGCCGAUUCCGGCGGGCUGCAGUGGGCGCUUGGGAAGGCCGGCGAGGACCGCGUCCACAUCGUGGUGUCCGAGGAGAGGGGCUGGGUGUUCGUCGGUAUCUACGACGGCUUCAACGGCCCCGACGCCACAGACUUCCUCGUCUCCAACCUCUACGCCGCCGUGCACCGCGAGCUCCGCGGCCUGCUCUGGGAUCAGCGCGAGCAAGAGGAGCAGCACGACCAACGCCCCGACCAACCGACCAGCACCACGGCCUCAGAUCAUCAGGACCAGUCCGCCCGCCGCCGCCGCGCCCGCCGCUCAAGACCCCCGCGCGGUGCUGACGAUGACCAACGGCGGUGGAGGUGCGAGUGGGAACGUGACUGCUCCAGUCUGAAGCCGCCAACUCAGCGGCCGCCUCGGAGCAACAGCGAGAACGACCACAUCGCCGUGCUCAAGGCGCUGGCACGCGCGCUUCGCAAGACUGAGGAGUCUUACCUUGACGUUGCCGACAAGAUGGUCGGCGAGUUCCCGGAGCUUGCGCUCAUGGGCUCUUGCGUUCUCGCCAUGCUUAUGAAAGGAGAGGACGUGUACCUCAUGAAUGUAGGCGACAGCCGCGCUGUCCUGGGAACAAUGGACAGUGUUGAUCUCGAGCAGAUCAGCGAGGGAUCAUUUGACGGAUUGGUUGGGGAUUGCUCACCGCUCUUGUCAGCUGUGCAGCUUACAGCGGAACAUAGCACGUCAGUGCAAGAGGAAGUUCGCAGAAUACGAAACGAGCAUCCUGAUGACCCUUCCGCGAUCUCCAAGGACCGUGUGAAGGGCUCGCUAAAGGUGACAAGAGCGUUUGGGGCUGGUUUCUUGAAACAGCCCAAAUGGAAUGAUGCACUGCUGGAGGUGUUCAGAAUAGAUUAUGUUGGGUCCUACCCGUACAUCACGUGCAAUCCUUCGCUUUUUCACCAUAAACUCAGCACAAGGGAUAGGUUCUUGAUACUAUCUUCAGACGGGCUUUACCAAUAUUUCACCAACGAGGAGGCGGUUGCUCAGGUAGAAAUGUUCAUCGCUACAACCCCUGAAGGCGACCCUGCCCAGCACCUGGUCGAAGAAGUUCUUUUCCGAGCAGCAAAUAAAGCAGGCAUGGACUUUCACGAAUUGAUCGAGAUCCCACAUGGCGACCGUCGGCGAUAUCACGACGAUGUAUCCGUCAUUGUGAUCUCUUUGGAGGGCAGGAUCUGGAGAUCAUCUGUGUAAAUAGGAGCAUUACUAGAUAAGAGAAAGAAACGAAUUGCAGACCUUGAGCAGUUCUUGCGGCUACUCCACUCUUCCCCAGUUGCCACUGUACAAUACCAACGAACCACUGGGUCGGGUUUGGGAUCGGCACGUCCAGCUGAAUCACGAUGAGAUCCCUUGGAACAUGUCGUGCCGUAUAAGUUCCAUGUAAAAGAGGAUUUGUUCAAUUAUUAAUAGCUAAAAUCGCGACCAAUUGGUCAGCUUUCUUUGA